AAAGUUCAUUCCAUCGAAUCCAUCAGUCGCGUUCGGGAGUGCAAAUGUCGGAACGAAAAUUACCGUGAGCUGAAAAUCGUACACCCAACUCGAGAUUACGGUCGAAAGUAGUGCAAAAGUUGACCGGAAGUCACGGGUCGUUGAACUUCGAUAAGGUAUUUCCGGUGCAGGCGGGAUCCGUGUGAGAAAAUCGCAUUUGUUUGACGGCAUAUCCCGUCAUUUUUCUUGCCUUGUCGCCUUAACAUUUUUUUUGUGUGAGUGAAAAAUUGGGGCUUGCGAAUGAAUAAAUUUGGGAACGAAGCAAGCCUCGGGUGAAUUCUUCGACAGAAGCGCAAGAACAAAGAAAAGAGUGUGAGUGAGCGAGACGGCGCAAUUUCAGUGUUCAUUCGGGGAUUGGAGUUCAUGGGAGUGAAUUUCGGAUACGAAGGGGAAAAAGCAAUUUUUACGAGGCGAUUGAAGAUUUUUUUUUCAAAAGUUUCUGGGUGUGUGUUAUGUGAAGAGUAUUCGAUAGAAUAAUAAUUUCCUUCGAUUCCUUUUUGUGCUCGAUCUUCGCAAAGCUCAGCUGCUAAACAAAAGUAUAAUUUGAAGAGCAUCAAGAAGAAACAAAAAUCAAUUGAAAAUCGGAAAAUUGUUGCAACACAAUGGGGUGUUUAACAAAAAUGAAUCCGCAGUUAAACUAGAUUGUGUUAUUGUUUUGUUUCGGGGGAACUUAUAUUGUGUUAGUGCAUUAACACAAGGCAGUAAUUUGAAGAAAGUGCUGAGUAGAAUGGUGUAAAAAUCGAAGAUGAAAAUGUUCAAGAUUUGAAUGCAGUGAAAUAAAAUGCUUUCGAGUCAAUAAGUUUUAAGCUAUGUUUUGUGUUGGCUGAAGCCUCCAGCAUGGACAAUAAUGCACCGUAUAAACAUUUAAUUUUGCUGAAAAACUAGCCGGACAUGGAAUGCGAUGUAUCGCCAACGGAAAACAGCAGCGGCAGCGGAGGUCACCAUAUUAUUCCUAAGGCCUCCGGCAGCAAGAUUACGGCAUCGCCGUCGAUCACCAUUGCCUCCGGGAGUGGAACCAGCCAGCGGCAGCCGCGCCAAUCGAAACAACCGACAAACCACAGUAGCAACCCUAGUUCUAUCGUAAUCACCAAAAGUAGGAAUCUCACAACCGUAAUAAGCAGCAGCAGUAGCGGCGUAGCCAAUUGCUUCCGGUCCGAGUCGAUAACGAUUCCGGCUAGAACGAUACAAAACGCGGUUAUGGCUGCCUCAUCGUCAUCAACACAUCAUCACCUUCAGAAUCAUGUCAAACAGCAGCAGCAACUGCAUCAUCAUCAGCAACCGGCGAUGCAUUCCAUUCACCACGAAGAAAUUGCAAUGGCUUUUCCCGAGGUGGUGUCUUGUACGCCCGAGUCCAGCUUCAACAUAUCGGACGACUACGACUGCAAUCCGCUCAAGGAUGUUGAUCCUUUAAACGUAUCCGGAAGCUCGAUGGACAUGCUGGCAUCUCCGCUCAACAAUGUCCAACAGAAGACACCAAAACAUAAUCAUCAUCUGCGGAGAAACGUUCCUAGGAUAGUGGUAAAACAGGUUCCCAAAGCUCAGCCGGCGAAGCAGCAACAGCAAAACACUCCGGUGCGAGAGGAAAAACGGCCAACUGGACCCGCUUCCACCAUGCGAGAAGUGUUGGCGUCGAUACCUGGGUUCAGUUUGAAACCUAGGAGGAGAACCACCAAGAAAAUGUCAACAGCCGCUCAGAUCGAACAAACCAAGGAAGGUUGCAUCGAUCUUGAAACGCCAGACUCAAUACUGGUCAACACGAAUCUCCGAUCGCUGCUCAACAAGCAAACGUUCCAAAUGCUCCCGCCUCUUUUUCAGUACAAACUGGUUCAGUUGUUGCCGCCUGUGGAUCGACCGCUUGUGUUGGAUGGGUCCGAUUGUGAGCGCAACGGAAUCCGGUUGAAUCCGUCCAGUUUGAAUAAUGAAUUUUUCGCCCGUGCGUGCCUGGAGUGGCGCGAUCGGUUAUCGGAAGGUGAGUUCACUCCCGAGAACCAGGUCAAGCUGAAAACCGAGGCUGAGAAAGAGAAGAGUAAGCUUGAUCCCUGGAAACUCAAACACUUCGAACCUAUGUGGGGCGACAAGAGCGGCUCGUCGGCAAACGUUGGAGCGGCAGGAACGUUGCCCAACCCUUCACCUCCCCAGACUCCUACCAGGGAAAAAGUGGAAACUCCGGAACCUCCCAAAAUGACUAGCACACCGACGACGUCGAGACCUGCCUUGAAAACGACUAUCAAACUUCGACCGACAACGUCGAUAGCGACCAGUACUACAGCGACAACCGAGGCUGCCGUUGCCUCGAGCAGUGGCAUAAGUAUAGUCAGUAGUGUAACAUGUACUACUCCGUCGACCAGUAGUAGAUCUACCAGUCGGUCUAGCAUAGCUCAGAACUCGAUCUCACCUUCGACAACCCUUUCGCCAAAACGGGUGCGAACAGUAGGUGCUGUUACGCGAUCGUCGGCCACGGCCAACCAGCAACAAACAACUCCCGAGCAGGCAAUUUGUGAUGGGGAUAUUGUGCUAACGACUGGAGCCACGACCAUUCCAACGAUCGUUUCCAGUGGGUUGGAUUCACCAAAGCCUUCAACAUCUGCAGCCUCGGUAAUCGAUCUGUCAUCGCCUACAACGGUGAUCGAUCUGGUUGAUGCACCGAGUCCUCCCCCUAUGGGUAGUAGCGGUACCAGCAUUGUAAGCGGAAGUCUUAAACGUACGCACAAUCGAUCCUUAACACCUGAACUGAGUAGUAGUAAAAUAUCGAAACCAUCAGACACUAGCGAAAGUAGUUCGCCACCCCCGCAACCCAUUUCGUUACAGACUGAUAACAACAUACCUUCUCAGUCUGAAACUGUUUCCGAACCAUUAAACGCUGUGAAAUUGGAUAUCUCAGAUGUGGAAAUAGUUGAGGAUCCAGUGGUCGAUGCGAUAGAUGAGUCAGAUUUGGGACAGGAAACUAUUGUUGAAGAUAUUCCCGAUGACGAUCCAGAUGUGACAGAAGUGAUCAUGGAACAUCACUCAACUCCGUCGCCGGAACCGAGUGGGGAAGAUGCGCCAGCAAAAUAUGACGAAGAGUAUGAAAACUCCAGUUCAAAUUCGAAUCUCAACGAGGCCGACAAAUCGGUAGAUGGGCUGUUGCGAGCUACAUCAGCAUCGACGACAGCUGCGGUGACGACAGCUGAAAACACAACAAGUAAUAGCAAUAGCAAUGCAGCCAUGGAUCAUCACAUACAUCACCUGCAGCAGCAAAGGCAACAGCAACAGCAGCUAGAACAACCUAUGUUCUGUAAUGACAGCAAUAGUAGCAGCACAUCUACCACUGCGCUAAUGUCUUCGAGUGAUCAAGUGCCACCGAAUGCACUUAGCAGCUUUGAGAAUGUGUUGCAGAACAACGAAGAACUCAUUAUCAUGCAACGAGGUGAUCAAGUGGAUCAGGAGUCCAAUGGUGGUGGCACCGGAACUGCGCUUAACAGCGAUAAUAGUAACGGUAGUUCUGAAGCCAGCAGCAGUCAACGGACGAUGAGUGCAGAACUUACCAUGAGCUUAUCGGCGUAUCACCAUGAUCACGAACUGCUUCAUCAAAGCGCAGCUAACAGUUCCGCUAUGAUGAUGAUGAUGGGAGCCGACGGAGAACGAAGAGAUGAUGACGAAGACGAGGAGGACGAAGACCAGGAUAACUGUGAUAAUAAUAAUGAUUCUACCAACGAAGAGGACGACCAGGAGGGGGUUGAAAUUGCUGUCCACAGCCGGUUGGAUGGUAUAACGAUACCUGGUGACGAGCUGCGAUUGUUGACGACGACCUUACCCGAUCACCGCCAUCUUCAGCAACAGCAGUCCUUGGGUGGCGGUUCGACAGACUCGGCAGCCGAGGACGAUGACGAAGAUGAUGGGGUCGAUGAAGGACAGCAGUUAAGUGCCAAGUUCAUCGAUCCGGAUCACUAUGUGCUGGACAGCGGUGAAAUUAGUGCGGAAAUCGAUACUUUGGCUUUGUUAACGGGUGAAGGUUCCGACGAUAUGGGUCACCACGAAGAAGUCGGCGUGGAUCUGGGUAUUAUGGGAUUGGCGGAAGCCGGUCCCAGUCCGCACGAUGAAGACAAUCUAAUAAUUUUGCACGAGAUGGACCUGAAAUCGGAAGAUGAGAGCUGUGAGGACGAAGACCUCGGGGAAGGUGGAAUGCUUAUUGGAGAUCAGCAAGUAGAAGACGAACAGGAGAAUGAUGUCGACGAUGGCAAUGAGGAAAUGUUGGACAAUAGGCAGAAUGGUGAACAAAAUUGUUCAUUGUUCGAAAGCCAUGAGUUUAAUCAUGACCUUUUAGAGCAUAAUGGGAACCAUGAGGAGCUGGCAGCAAUGGAAGUAGACGGUUUGGUUGAUUCAGAUAUACCUGCGUCUGGGGAUAGAGGAUUGCAGGUCCAGGAGGAAGUGAAAUGUGAACCGCUUGAGGAAUCGAUCUGCUCGGCUAGUGAGCUGGACGGGUUCGAUGGUAUCAACGCUAUUAAGAUGGAAUGUGAUAACAUAUUUGACAGUGGCGAUUGGCCCUUCAAGGUGAAGCUAGAUCCCAAAAUGAUGAUCGUAGACCAAUUGGACACGAACAGUAUUAUUCUAACGCCGUCUACGGCCCAUGUGGUGACACCGACGACUACACCAGUCAUAGCAUCGGCAUCAUCCAAUAGCGUUAUCCUCGGUGGUCAGCCACACCAGAUUCUCCCGGUCGGAAGUAGCCAUAGCAGUAGCAGCAGUAGCACCAGCAUCAACAGUAUCAAUCCAAACAUGCAAAGUGCUUCGGCAACUCCCGUAGCAGCAACUACUCCUCAACAACAAUUGCAGCAACUGCAACAACAACAGCAACAGUUUCAUUCCAUUCAGCAACAAGCUGCGCAGCAGCAACAAUUCAUUCAACAGCAACAGCAACAGCAGCAGAUUCUGAUUCAGCAAGCUCAACCACAACAGCCCCCACAGCAGAUGAACGUUUUCCAACUGCAGCAGGUUGUGCAGCAACAACAGCAGCAGCAGCAGUUGCAUCAACAACAACAGCAAUUAAUCAUUCCACACGCGGUGUCCGCUGUGCCCGGUACUAUUCUAGCAUCAGAGGUUAAAGAUGUGCGGGGUGUUCUCAAACCAGAUCAGCCAACAAUUACCGGCGUAACGUUUCAAGGACGUCCAGCAACAGGUCAGCUAAUAACUCGGAUCAAAAUCGAGGGUGAAGAUGGCCAGAAAGUGCACGUCGUUUCCACCUCGGCAGGAACGGUCGCUAUACCGGUUACGGGAAGCAGCGAUAAUCUAACCAGAGUCAUAGAAAGUGUGGCUGGCAAUUACUCCGGUGCCAUUCCGGUUAGCACGGCUCAAACGCAGCUGCUCCAUCAGCAACAGCAGCAACUGAUUCAGAAGGUUCAAAUACAGCAAGCGGACGGAAGUCAGCAGGUGGUUCAGCAGCAGCCAAAAUUUAUCAUCACAUCUAGACAGAUCGCGGGUAAUAAGAUUCCCAUAACUGUAACAACCAGUCCUACUGGGCAGAUUAUACAGCACCAGAACGCAACUGGAGUUCCGAAUGUGGGGCCUGUGGCUACAUCGUUACAAAAACCUAUCCAGUUGCAAAAAAUUAUCAUGUCUACUUCGAAUCUGCAGCAGCAACAAAGAGCACGCUUACCUUUGCAGAGGGCACAAAUUAUCCAACAACCUCAGCAAACACAAUCUCAGCAACGGUUCCAGCAGAAAUUUGUGACUAACCAGUUGAUCCGUAGCCAGAACGCGGCCAUCAUCAACAGCAUACAGUUGCAACAACAGCAGCAGCAACAACAACAACAGGCUCAAGCACUAGCUAACCAGCAAGCUCAACAAGCUGUAGCUACGGUCGGAGCUAAUGUAGUAAUUGGCCCAGCACCUCGAAAACGAAUAGAGAUCAACACGGCAACGGCUGCUGCUGCAACAGUAACAAUAGGUGCAGCGCCAUCGCAACCUCCUGCUUCAGCGCAAGUUACGGUUCCCGGUGUAAAACGAAGUGGAGGACGGACGAGUAGCAGUAGACUUCCCCCGGGCGCUGUCAAUCUAGAGCGUAGCUACCAAAUUUGUCAAGCCGUCAUACAGAGCAGUCCCAAUCGGCAUCAGUUGCGGGCUCAACUGAAGCCACCGCAGGCGUUCUUGUCCAGUUCGAAUUCAAACUCUAGCAAUAGUAACAGCAGUAGUAGUAGCAGUAGCAGCAGCAGUAGUGGCAAGGAAGAACCCACAAGCUUCGGUGGAGUUAUUCUAGGGAACAAGGUCGGACCGCGACUGGUUAAUCCCAAGCGAAUAGCAACCAUUGGUCGCCAACCGUCGUCUAUUGUAGUGCGGCACGUAUACACAACUGCCGGUCAAACCAACCCAGGUACUAUUAGUAUUAUUUCGGCAUCGCAGCAGCAACAGCCACAACAGCCACAACAGCAGCAACCCCAGCAGCCACAGCAGCAGCAAAUACUGCAACAGCAACCGCAACAACAACAGCAACAGCACCAACCACGAAUACUAACCGCAACGGAAGCAGCCGAGCUGCAACACGCGCAGAUUAUCAGUGUGUCCGGACCGGGUGGGAUGACCAACAUCGCCGUCAGUGCGGCAGGGGCUGUUCCAUCCGGUCCCGGAGGUAGUUUUGGAGGCAAGUACGUUCUCGUGCAGCGUACCCAGCUCGGUGAUAUUGUGACGCCGCGGGCGGCCAGCGCACCACCGACUCAAAAUCAGCAGCCUAAUUCAGUAACCUCCGGUGUUCCAAUCACGCUAGCAGGUCGUGGACGGCCAGCUUCGGUAGAUAUUGAUACACCUGUCUCCCUUCCUGAUUCUCAACAGCAACAACAGCAACAGCAGCAUCAGCAAAUGCAAGUUGUACACCAAAUUCAGCAACAGCAAAUUGUUGGACCCAAUCCCGGAAUUCAGGCGGUGACUCGGCGCGGUCCAACGACUCAUGUGAUUUCCUACGGUGAUAUUGGAAUCGAUCCCAACUCUAACAACCAACACAUAACGCAGGCCUCCGUGUCUGCGGCAGCCUUGGACAACAGUAGCAUUGUCGGUGGGACCGGUCAUCAUCAGGUCGUUACGAGCAGCAGUGGUGGCAGUGCAAUGACGGUCGUUUCGGCCUCUGCUGUAUCGCCCGCCACAGGAUUAAUCACCUCCACAUCAUCCACUCCCUCCCCGCUACCACUCGUUCCCGGCAGCAACAAUAACAACAACAACAGUAACGGAGUCCUAAUGGCGGCUAGUUCAGUCAACAACAACAACAACAAUAGCAGCAUCAUUAUCGCCAGUAGUAACAAUAAUAACAGCUCUAUCGGUAUUAUCAAUAACAAUAACAGUAGCAACAGCAACAGUAGUAAUAUCAGCAGCAAUAGUAACAAUAGCAGUAGCAGCAACAGCAAUCAGCAGCAACAGCAGCAGCAGCACGGUGGCAACGCCUGCUCCUGUUCCCUCAAUGCAAUGGUCAUCUGCCAGCAGUGUGGCGCUUUCUGCCACGAUGACUGUAUCGGUGCUUCAAAACUGUGCGUCUCCUGUGUCAUACGAUAAGCGCGUUCGACAACGUUCCUGAAGUUCGAUUGUCAUUGACAGAGACUGGCUAAGAGAGUUUUUUUUCCGAGAAAUGAUAUUUCAAACCUAGUGGUUCCCAUUCCAAAUGAAUCCCUUUUUGAUGGAAAUGUUGAAAAACAUUAAUAUUCAGCCACCGAUUGACACAAACUUUACACGAAAGACACCUGUUGAGAAACACUCGCAAAAAAACAAUAGGAAACAAUGCAUCCUGUAUCACAUUUAUCACCCCGACAUAACAACUGUUAAGCCUGUGCAAAGACUCAAUAUUCCAUUUCAUGAAAACCCCCUAUAUUCUCCUAUUGUGUAAUAGUGUGCAGCGUUUUGUGGUUCCCUUUCCGUUUUUUUUUGUUUAUUCGAAAAGAAAGUUUAGGAUUUUCACGUCGGGUUCUGUGUAGGUUUAAGUUUAAUUCAGAAAACCACAAAAAGAUAUGAAUAACCAAAUCAGGUUAUUUGCUUGAAAUUUGAAUCAAUCACUCGAUCGGAGGAAAGUUUUGUAAAUCCCUCUAAAAUCCCAACAACCUCCCCUAGCAUGGCUCGAUUUGAGACUAUAUAACGGAUAGUAAGAGAACCUUAAAGUUUUUACGUUACGAAUUUUUGUUUCGGUUUAUUCCACUUCUGAUGAUAUAGUUUUAGCAGCGUGUGAGCAAGAGUUGGAAGAAAGGAAGAAUGAGCAUGAAUGAGUGAAAAAGUGCAUGCAAUAGAUAGUAGCGUGAGCCCACUGAAAAUGGAGUCUAGCGAUCGAGCGAGCCCGAAGCUUAAAGUACUGGUAACUAUAUUUGCUAAGUUUCUAGCGAUCCAAGUAAGAAUUAAUUAUGCCGCCGCCGCCGACGCGCUAAGUAAGAGUAAUGUAACAUUAUGAUACUGAAAUAGGAAAUCCUUCUUGUAAUAAAUUAUUAUCGCUAAGUAAUAAUAAUAUAAUGAACGAUGAGGAAGAAGAAGAAAAAAACCUGCUGAACAUAUUGGCAAAAUGCAUAAGAAAAAUGGCAAGAAAAUAAACUUAUUAUCGAGACAUUAAAUAUGUAAUGAAA